CCCCGAGAGUCAUUGUGAAGGCCUCGAGAGUUCGAGGCCUUCCCUCUUCCCUCAGUCAUUGCAUGUGGGGCUUAAGAGGAGGCGAUCAAGCGAUCACUGAUCUGCAUCGAUCACCGUGCAUAUAACGAGUGGUGUCGCGCAUUUGAUCUAAACCAGAGUUAUCAGUGCGUGCAUCAUGAACAAGAGUGUUAAAGCCAGCACGAGCAAAACGGACGUCAAAGAAAUGGAGAAAGACUCGAAUGUCGAGUAUGAAGCCUCAUACUUAAAAACUGGCAUUAUGCGUGGAGUCGUGUACGAGAUGAAGAUGUUGACUUGGGUUGCAUGGAAGCUGAUGCGCCAAGACGAUCGAAGAAUUGGCAAAUGGUGGUUGGCCACCGAGGUAUCUAAGGCGCGUGGAUUCCAUGAUCUUGUCUUAAAAUAUAUUCCUAAUGAUUCAAAAGGAUCUUCCGAUGUAAAAUAUCGUUUCAUGCAAAUGAAACACAAAACGUCCUUGGAGAAAUAUUCCGAUAUCAAUGAUUCCUAUUUGAUAUCUAAGAAUAAAUUGCAUCGUCAAGGCAGUCUAAUUUAUUUGUUUAAGUCCUACGUUAAUAUGCUUAACAGCUUUGAGAAUAUUAAACCCGACCAAAUAUUGGAUCUAACAAUUUUUACAAAUAUGAAUAUAAAAGCAUUUCGUUUCCUAAUACCUAGAGGAAAUGACAAACUUUAUGGAUUUGAGGAAAAGGGCAAGAGAUAUCGCAUUGACAUAAACGAAAUACGGAAGACGCCAGGAAUAAUUCCAGCGCUCAUGAACAUUAACCCGGACGAAAACAUCAUAUUUGGCUUCCUGAAAAAGUUGAUAUUUGCGGUAAGCCAGCCUUCUGAGCACGAGUUGGAGAAAUUCAUCAUCAAAGACAUGGAAACGGUCUACAACGUGCCACAAAUCUUCUACAAUAGCUUAUACAAGAAUAUAAUUGAUUGGUUUCUCAUUUAUACCAACGGCAAGGCGCCGUUUCUCACUAAGACCCAUGUAGAAAAAUACUUAAAGGAUACGGAAAUUAUAUUGGAGCAAAUAAUGGAGACAUGUGUCGACUCACCAUCAAAACAAGCUGCGAAAUUGCCGGAUAAAUUAAAAUUGUUAUCUUUGUAAAGAGAUACAAUACUCAUGAAAAGAGAUGCUUAUAGAAAUGGUUUAAUUUUAAGAUAUUAAAAUAUUUUAUUUUUAUGUUCAGCGCUGCCAUUCAAUCACUGAAGUCACUUUUUGUUACUUUUUUUUUACAAGUCAUUAAAAUAGCACUAUCGCCCAAAAAGGGUUACUACUAUCACCUUUUUUCCGAGUUGACAUAAAAUUUCUAAAAUAUGAGCGGGAGUGAUGCAUUGACAAACCAAUCAAAACUGUCCUAUGGCAGAUUCUUAUUUUAGGAUCUCUAUUCUUCUAGGGUCUCCAACCAAAUUCACUAUCAACAUCUACAGUUAUUUUUCAACAUACAUUCAAAGAAUACGUUUUUCUUUGUUGCAUUUUCAAAAAUGUAUUUUUUAUUAUUAAAUGAAUAUAUUUAUCCUUGUUUUUAUUUAGAUAAUGUUUAUUUUUUUAUUAUAAAUAUUUUAUUUUGUUUAAUAUAUUUUAGUUUUUUGUUCAAUCUUUAUUUUAUUAUGUUUAAUAAAAUUACAUUAUUUAUAUGUUAUCUAAUAAAAAUGCAACAAAAAUGUAUUAUAUUGAUGUUUUGUCAUUUGAGCUUCUCUCUGCUUUUUCUUUAUUAUAAAUUUUCAAAUGACGUAGAAAGUUUUUAUUACAUGUUAAGCUAUACAAAAAUAAACCUUGGUCUAUUUUUGCUUGAAGACAAAAAGGAGUUUUUUUGUUUUAAUUACGCUGAAAAUUUGAUGAAGAGCAUCAUUUUUAGUUACUAUUUUAUGUCUGAAAAAUUACUUUUUAUCACUUUUUCUGUUUAAAAGUAACUGUUUCACUUUUUUUUAGUCACUGUCUUGAUGUCAACACUGUUCAUGUUUCCAUUUUUUAAAUACUUAGGAAUGCUUUAGUUUUAAACGGUUAGAUUUAAAUCACUGAUUAUUUAAAGUUAAAAUAGCUUUAAACGUUUUAGUGUUUUAAAUCUAAACACUAUUUAAAACAUUUUAACAUCUUAAAAUUAAACACCUUUUUAUGAGUAAAUUUUCUUAAAAAUUUUAUUUCUUUGAGGUAUCAUUAUAGAUAGAGAUAGAGAUAUAAAUUAAGUAUAGUGCUUUACUUUUUUUAUCUAUUAAAAAAAGCAAAAAAAUUUUAAUAUCUGUUUAUGCGUUAUAGCGUUUUUAUAUGAAUGUAAAGUUUUUAAUUUUGGAAAAAUUGUUAUUUAGUAAAAUUAUAUACAAGACGUGUAAUAUCUAAUACGUUAUUAAUGAUAUCAGAUUGAAAGUUCAUUAAAAUGCUAAAAUGUAAUUUAUAUGAUAUAUCAAAAAGAAGUUUAAUUUUAAGAUAUUUUAUUUUAGUAUUUUAAAAGUAUUAAAUUCUUUUUUUUUACUGUAUACGGUAUCAUGUCGGCAAUAAAUAACAGUAAAUUAACAUAUUUAUUAAUAUCUAACUAUACCGAUUUUCGCCGAAUAGAUAUUGUGUGUAGUAUUGCAAAAAGAAAAAUUUAAUAGCGUGUCAAUUUAUACUGUAAGAACUACAAAAAAGAAAUUAGUAACAUAAUAUAAAUUACUUCAAUAAUUUUAGGAUUUUACUUAUUGUAAUUUUCUUGAGAUAAAUUUUUUAUAAUUUAAUUUAAUGACUUAAUAGUUAAAUUAUAAAAUAAAUUGCAGACCAUUUAAUUGUGAGAAUUUAUAUAUCAAACCUGAGGAACAUUUGUUUGUAGAUUACUCCAAGGAGUUCGAUAAAAAUUGUUUAAUCAUUCGACAAUAAAAAGGUGUAAAGGAAAAUAAAAGAACGUACAUUGCAUAUCGUUUAUUAUUAUUCCUGGUUUAAAUUAGAAUAUAACUUAUUCAUGUACACGUGCGCUACAAUGAUUACUUGAUAUCUUAAUUUUCACAACAGUCGGAGGAGGGGAAAGGGGGAGAAAAAUCACUCGAGAGGUUUCAAACGGACUCGUUCGCUUCGAUAAAUAAAACGUUCCUUCGUUCGCCUACAGUAUACGUAUGCGUAAAGAAGCCUUAAUUAUAACGUGUCUGCACGUGGUGUGUCUAUCGCAGGAUAUUUGUAAACUCGGUCCGUUUGUAAAGAGAGAAUUCGGAGUCUUUCUUUUAUGAAACACCGCAAAAUGUGAUACUGUAAAGAGACUUGACCUAUCCUUUUUUUUUUAAUUAUUUAUAUAUUAGGACUGAAUCUGCAAACGUCCUGCGACAGAGACAUCGCAAGGAAAUGCGCCGGGACGAGAUCAAGAACGAUGUUGCUGGACGUUAUUCCCAACCUCGGUUUCGGACUUGGCUAAAAAGUAUUACAGCCAUG